GCCAUACAUGGCUGGGGACUAGUACGCAUGAGCCGAGCUGUUUCGCCGCCGUGUCUUGUAGAAUUCCGUGAGCUCCGGAACCGGAAGUGAUCCCGGUACCUAUCCUGACCCAGAACUCCGGAGCCGCUUCAGAUUUGGGGCAAGGGAUGAACACCAUUCAGCUGUAAAUGCAUCACAAACAGGCCGCCCAGGAUGAGGAAAGCAAGCAGGAGCACAACCUCUGCCCCCAAGGUACCUGCCACCAACAAACCGCAGGGCAGUGAGAGGUCCAAGUCAGACAGCAGCGCACCUACAUCAUCCAAGGUAUCCCGCCCGGGAUCAUCGUUAUCAAAGGCUAAAAGCAAUGAUGACCUCCUUGCUGGAAUGGCUGGCGGGCUGCCUGCUAGUAAUGGUGUGAAGGCCAAAAAAAGCAGUGCCGUGUCAAAUCCCAACUCCGGAGCUGCAAUGAGUGGAUCAGAUAGCAAAGGAAGAAGCAACACAGGCAGCACCAACACCAAGAGAAGUGGCUCAUCUGGGACCAAAGAAGCAGGAUCAUCUCGAGAAAGAGUGCGUGAACGUUCUCGUUUAAAUGCCAACAAAAAAACACAGAGUUCGGGGGUUAGUAUAGGAGACCCAUCUGCUCCAACGAAACGAUCUCGUGCCCGUACAGAGUCUGAUGUUCUUCAUAUGAGCAAAUCCAAAUCGGAUAACCAAAUUAGUGAUCGUGCUGCUCUUGAAGCUAAGGUAAAGGACUUGGUAAACUUGGCCAAGAGUAAAGAUGCUGAGAUUUUGCUCCUUCGAACAGAGUUAAGGGACUUUAGGACACAAUUAGGAGAAGAUCUCUCUGACAAGAGUCCUGAAGAGCCCCCAUUAAUGCAGUUGCAGGAGCAGAAUGCUGUGGUACGAGAAGAGCUGCAGCAGCUGAAAAAUGAAAACCGCAUGCUAAAAGAUCGUUUGAAUGCAUUAGGUUUUUCUUUGGGUCAGCAGCUAGAUGUUACAGAGAAACUGUAUGGCUACCAAUCCAUGGAUAUGGCUGCUGUCAGCCACAAUGACUGUGGCAGAGGUACUUUAGCCUCAUCUGUGGAGGGCUCUGCACCUGGCUCAAUGGAGGACCUCCUGAGCCAGGAUGAGAGUACACUCACAGGAGAGAGGAGGAGUAGUUCCAUGGAUAAUUUAGACAGUGAAUGCAGUGAAGUUUAUCAGCCUCUCACCUCCAGUGAUGAUGCUCUUGAUGCUCCAUCUUCAUCCUCUGAGUCAGAGGGUCUUCCGAGUACUGAACGAUCCCGUAAAGGCAGUAGUGGAAAUGUAAGUGAGGUGUCUGUAGCUUGUCUGACUGAGCGUAUUCACCAAAUGGAAGAGAACCAGCAUAGCACAGCAGAGGAACUACAAGCCACACUACAAGAACUGGCUGAUCUACAGCAGAUAACACAAGAGUUAAACAGUGAGAAUGAGAGACUAGGAGAAGAAAAGGUCAUUUUGAUGGACUCCCUUUGCCAGCAAAGUGACAAACUAGAGUUGUUCAGCCGUCAGUUGGAGUAUGCAAGAGCACUUCUUGAUGAGCACCACGUGUCAUACUCUCUAGAUGAAGACCUGAAGAGUAGCAGAUAUUUAGAACUAGAGCAAAGAUAUAUGGAAUUGGCUGACAGCGGCCGUUUUGAGCGAGAGCAAUUGUUGGGGGUUCAGCAACACUUGAGCAACACUCUAAAAAUGGCAGAACAAGACAAUAAAGAUGCCCAAGAUGUCAUUAGAGCCCUUAAGGAACGGAACCACCACAUGGAGCGCAUUGUAGAGGCCGAGCAACAUGCCAAGCAGGCACUAGCUGCAACUCUGGAGGAAUACAAAUCUUCCUUAAAUGCCGAACAAGCAGAAUGUUCCCGUCUGAAAACCCAACUGGAACAGGAGAAGCAAAGAGUGUCAGAGCUGUACUCCAUACACAGCUCUGGAGAUGCAUCUCAUAUCCAGAAUCUACUGGAAAGUGUGCGUUCCGAUAAAGAAAAAGCCGAGACUCUGGCAGGGAACCUGCAGGAGGAAUUGGUACAUUUACAAAGUGACCUCAGACGAAUGCAAGAUGCUUUUGACAAGCUGGAAGAUGAAUAUAGAGCAUUUCGUGAUGAGGCGCAGAAGCAGGUAUCAGAGUUGACUCUGGCACUGGAUAAGGUACGGAGUGAGUUGGAGGAGAAGGAGACGGAGCGCAGUGACAUGAAAGAGACCAUAUUUGAACUGGAGGAUGAAGUUGAGCAGCACAGAGCUGUGAAACUACAUGACAACCUCAUCAUAUCAGAUCUCGAGAAUGCAGUAAAAAAGCUGCAGGAUCAAAAACAUGACAUGGAGCGGGAGAUAAAAAUAUUAAAUCGAAAGUUAAGGGAGGAGUCUGCUGAAUGGCGCCAGUUUCAAGCUGAUUUACAAACGGCUGUUGUAAUUGCUAAUGAUAUCAAGUCAGAAGCACAAGAAGAAAUCGGUGAACUAAAACGGCGACUCCAUGAGGCGCAGGAGAAGAACGAGAAACUUGCCAAGGAACUAGAGAAUGCUGCAUCCCGCAAGCAAGAAGAAGAAAGGGGUCGGGUCUAUAAUUACAUGAAUGCAGUAGAGAGGGACCUGGCGGCACUGAGACAGGGAAUGGGUCUUAGUCGCAGGUCUUCCACCUCUUCUGAACCUACACCCACAGUGAAGACUCUCAUCAAAUCAUUUGACAAUGCAUCCUCACCAGCCCCCAGUCCAGCAGUAGCAGCUACUGCUGCAGCAGCUUCAAUUCCCCGCACACCCCUCAGUCCUAGCCCAAUGAAGACACCACCUGCUGCUGCUGUCUCUCCCAUGCAGAGACACUCCAUCAGUGGGCCUAUAUCUUCCACUAAAUCAUUGCCAGGCCUGUCAGAGAAAAGACCAAGUUAUGCUGAAAUACCAGUGCAAGAUCAUUUGCUAAGAGCAGCCUCCAGUGCCAGAACUGCAUCUUCCUUACCAAGGGUCCAGGCCAUGGACAGUACCAAAUCUAUCGCUGUGUCGCGCCGCAGCAGUGAGGAACUGAAACGUGACAUCACUGUGCCAGAUGGGGGUUCUCCUUCUACUUUGAUGUCAAUGACCUCAUCCUCACCGCAACUUUCUCUCACUUCUUCCUCUCCAACAGCAUCUGUUACGCCAACUGCUCGAAACCGCAUUAGCCUGUAUUAUAGACCCGAGAUGCAUUCACAAUUGCUAUUGGAAACAGUCAACAGACACACCCUUAACAGGGAGGAGAGGAAGGACCCCUUGUCAGCUCUUGCAAGGGAAUAUGGUGGCUCGAAGAGGAAUGCUUUGCUGAAAUGGUGUCAGAAGAAAACUGAAGGCUACCCGAAUAUCGAUAUCACGAAUUUCAGCAGCAGUUGGAAUGAUGGGCUUGCAUUCUGCGCUUUAUUGCACACCUAUCUUCCUGCCCACAUCCCAUACCAAGAGCUGAGCAACCAAGACAAGAGGAGAAAUUUCACUCUGGCGUUCCAAGCAGCUGAGAGUGUCGGCAUUAAAUCUACGCUGGACAUAAAUGAAAUGGUACGAACUGAGCGUCCUGACUGGCAGUGUCUCAUGACGUACGUCACGUCAAUCUACAAAUACUUUGAAACCUGAACUUGACUCUUGCUUAUGUCUGUCAAGACCUCCACCACCAUAUGGAAUUUCCUUGAGCAAUUGUGGACACAAGCAUUGCCAUUCAUAUGAUGUGAGAGUGGUAGAAGUGUCUUAACUGCCCAGCAUCUUAAAACAGAUCUCACCGAUAUUCCAGAAAGACUCUGACACACACAUCCGUGAGCAAAGGGUCAUCCCAUUUUCCGAUUGUAGUAUUUCGGGAUGCAGCUUGUGCCAAGGCCGUGGAAGCAAAAAGAUGAAUGCAGUGGGUUACAUCAGUUUUUAAUUCUUGCUGAUGUUCUGCUAGUGCCUUAGCAGUGUGCGUUCCUUACAGAUGCUCUGACCACCAUCAUAAACAAACAGUAGUAAACGGUAAAGGGAUACACACUAAAUGCACUUUUUGUGCAACCAUCCAAGCUGCUGCCUUUUAAUUGCUGAUUGUCCCCUGUUCUCCGUGCCUAGAACACUAGUGACAGUACAUGUGAAUGUUUUGCUACAUUCAGCUCUUGGCCUUUGGACAUAUGAGAGCUGUAAAUGACUGAUAGGAACACUGUACAUGCAGCAGUGGACUGACCACAAUUGGGAUAUAGCUGCUGAGAUGUUCCCAGGCUAUGUCAUGCACAAAACCUUGGACUUCAUAUCCCAUGUCUCUUUAAGGAACUUUGUUCAAAUAUCUUCACAAGCCACAUACCAGGCUCGGUACAUGCUUCCUUCCGCAGGUGCUUUCCCAGAAGGGUUAUAUUAAUAUUCAGAAUUUUUUUAUUUUUUGUUGUUAAAUUUUCUAGUAUUGAAAUGGAUGCUUCUCAUUCCAGUGCACAUGAAGUUUUAGCUUUCCCACUACUCCAAAGUACUGCACAAGCUUCAUCUGGACUCUUUAGCAUUUUAACAUCUUGUAAAAUGUAGAUGUCCUGAAAUCUUCUUUUAUAUUUGUUUUUCUGCAGUCAUUCCACUCAGAUCUUUGGUUCAUGGAAAGAAUCUUCCAAUGGCUUCUCAUUAUAGGUGGACACUUCAACACCCUAAUAGUUUUUUUUUACCUAGAAGCUAAGGCGAUUUAGAUUUUUUUGGGAUAAGACCUUGUAGCACAUGUGCUAUGUCAGUGUUACUUAAUCCAUUAGUUUUAUAAUUCCAUGUCGGCAAUACGAUAGCACUUUGUGUUAUAGAAGUUUGAAUUAUGCUAGCAAAACACCAUGCCUUCUUAAAGGAGAAAAGUGGAGAGCCGAUAAUUUACCAGUAACCUGUCUUGAAAGACCACUUUAGGAAUGGUGGUCCAGAAUUCUUAGCAAGUAAUCCACUUUGAUCCAAACAGAGCGUGUUUAGCUGGUACACAUUCCCUGUUACCUUCACAGGUUACUCUGCAGCUAUUUCUGAAUGUUCUCCACCAUUUGGCUGUGAGGGUCAGAUUUUGGAGUGGUUGUUUUGCCUUCCGAUACCCAGCAUUAGCUGUUGGUAUGAGGUCAAUAAUAUAGGGCAUUCACUGUUAAAUACCAUUUACAUAGGACACUAUAGGCAUAUUUUAUAAUGUAAAUUCUCCAGGUUAAUUUAUUUUGUUCUGUUACUUCAUAACUUUUCACAUGCACAAAUGUAGAAAGUAAACGUUUUGC